AUGCAUCUUAAGAACACUCUACAUGGAAUGCAGAAAGGUACUGAUUCUAUUGAUGUUUACUGGAAGAAAAUUCGUACGGCUCGUCAACAAUUGUCAGCAGCUGGUCUUCCAAUAGAGUAUAAUCAUUUCAAAUCACAUAUUCGUACCAGACCAGUGCAUGUUACUCUAGUAGAGUUGCGUGAUCUUCUUCUUAAAGAAGAAAGUGAUUUAGAUGCAGCUUCUAAGUCAUUUCCUCCCUCAAUCAUGACUACAAUGGUUGCUCAUAAGGGAAAUUCUCCAUCAUCACCACAUGUUGCUCACGGUGAUAACUUGGCUUCUUAUUCUACAGAUCAUGGAGGUGGUCAUCCCAAUUGGCAAGGUGUUAAUAACUCUCCUAAUUGGCAAUCCAACUGGAAUCGCCGGCCGAAUUAUCGUGGUCGUGGAGGUUCUUGGCAUGCUGGUGGUAAUAGUGGUUCUUGGACUGGUCCACCUAAUUCUGGUCUGUGGCACCAUGGUGGUCAGUGGAACAAUAGUUCUGGCCAGUGGAACCAUGGUAAUUCUGGUCAAUGGAACAAUGGUCAUUCUAGUCCAAUGAACAAUGGUGGUCAGUGGCCUAAUGGUAAUAGUUCAUGGAGUCAUGGUUCUGGUACCAAUUCGACUCAGUACUUUGUUCCACCAAAUCCAAGUCCUGGUAUCUUAUCACCUUUACCCACUGCUCCACCUAGCUGUGUUUCUUCUUCAACACGUCAUGAGACUUGUCAACUGUGCUUACAAUUUGGGCACACUGCUCCAAAUUGUCCACAUUGCCACAAUUAUUCCUAA